AUGGCAGGCGCCGAUAGACAGGCUGCGGAGGCAGAGAACGACCAGGCGGUAGACGAGUCGUUGGACCUCGACGGUGACUUUGCCGAGCAGCAGAAGAUGAUGAGCAAACGGAGACGCGCGGCCAAGGAUAAACCGGAAUACCGACUUAAGAAGGCUCUGCCAUUCGCGAAGCCGUUUGUACCGACGAUUCGACCACUGACCGUCGCCGACCUCGAGGCCUGCAUUGCCUUGGAGAAUGCGGCCUUCACCCAGCCGGAGCACCGGGCGUCGCCCGAAAAGCUCGCCUACCGUCUCACCGUCUGCCCGGAAGUCAGCCUGGGCCUCUUCGUGACCAUCGCGCCAGAGCAGGCUAAGGACCUCGGGAUCGAGACGCUCGCGCUCGCGCGUCCCGUCGAGACGGGCCGGGCCGACGGCGCCGUCAGCGUGCUGCUCGCGCACGCCAUCUCGACGCGGACCCACGGGGACGUCGUCACGGAUGCCGACAUGGACUACCCCAAGGACUGGCGCGCGCGGUCGGCGCGCGUUGCCGAGCCGGUCGGACACCAGGAGGGCGGCAAGACGGUGGCGCUGCACUCGUUCGCCGUGCUGCCGCGCGUCCACCGCUGCGGGCUCGGCCAGAUGCUCAUGCGGGCGUUCCUCGACCAGAUGAAGAGCUGCGGGCUGGUGCAGAGGGUGGCUCUGAUCUGCCAGGAGCACCUCGCUACGUACUAUCAACGGUCUGGGUACAAGUGUCUCGGCAAGAGCGAAGCGCAGUUUGGUGGAGGCGGCUGGUACAACAUGGUAUGUAAACCCUCUUCUCGCCUCUCCCCAAGCCAAUGUUGA